UGUUACAUUGACUGCGUUUCCGGUUGCUAACGCCGUAUUUCGCCGACAGGCGGCGCACAACGUCACUCACUCGUGUAUCUAUAGUUUCCUUCUGUUUUGAAACCCAAGCCUAGUGAAUUAAAUCUUGAAAAUAAUUGUUAAGGUGGUUUAAAAGUGCUCUGAUUGUUGAUUAAAAUACAGCUACGAUGGAAAAGAGAGUCGCCUUGGAAUUACGGGGAAGAAACCCUUCACAGGUCAAGGAAUUGAACCUCGAUAACUGCAGGAGCACUAAUGUUGUUGGUUUGACAGAUGAAUACACAAACCUCGAAAUUUUAAGCCUUAACAAUGUUGGGCUUACAACACUCAAAGGAUUCCCCACACUUCCCAAACUGAGGAAAUUAGAACUCUCUGAUAACAGAAUAUCAAAUGGACUAAAUUUCCUCAGCGGCUGCAAAAAACUUACACAUCUGAACUUCUCGGGUAACAAAAUCAAGGAUUUGGAAACACUGAAACCAUUGGAGGAAUUUAAAAAUCUAAAGAACCUAGACCUCUUUAACAAUGAUGUUACUAAUAUUGAGGACUACAGGAACAAGGUGUUUGCCUUACACCCAGCUCUAAAAUAUUUAGAUGGCCUGGACAAGGAGGAUCGGGAGGCUGAAGACAGCGAUGCUGAGGAAGAGGAUGAAAUGAAUGGGAAUAAUGACAGUGAGGAUGAUGAUGUGGACAUAGAUUUGGGUCCGCUGGUGAUUGACGAUGAGCCCUCAGAUAGGCCGCCAGAGAGCAGAUCCUCUCUCCCUGUUGUAUUGUACACAAUUUACGGCCUACUAUUUCACAUGGGGUAUAUUACCAAAAGGUCUGAUGUGGAGGAAGAAGAGGAUGAUGACGAAGAUGACGGCGAUAUUUCACUCAGUGCAGUCUACAAUGAAAACCUUGAGGAGGAGAGCUCAGACAGCUCCGUGUACGAGGGCUCGGAGGACGAUGAGGAAGAUGACGACAGUGACGAGGAGAUUGACGCGGAUCACAAGUCAAAGAUAGAUGGGGGAGACGCAGACGGUGAGCCCGAGGAGAGCACUCGGGGUAAAAAGCGGAAACACGAGGACGACGAAGAGAAUUGAGGGUUGCCUUAAGCGGAGUUAUCUUACUAGUUCGUAAGUGUACAGCCUCCGAUGCAUCGGACAAUAAACUUGAUCACAACAGAGGUACAGUCAUCCCCAUAGACUAGUUGGCAGCUGUGAGACUAUAUCGCAGGAGUUCCCAACCGGUAGCGUGUUUGAGGCGGCGUAGCGAGAGCCUUACUAUAAAAAAAAUUGACAUGAAAAUAUUUUUGCAAAAAAAGUUGUGAACCCCUGUUCUAGCACCACCCGCUUCUUCUCUUAGUGUUAACUUAAUGUUAACACAUUCACUGCCACCAACGCACAUAAUAAUAUGCGUUCAUCGUAAUACAAGUUUAUUCCUAAUCCACCGCUCCCUGGCAGUGAAUGCGUUUAAGCGCCUCGGCGCCAUCAGAAUUUUUUCUAUCAUUACGAUGUUGAUGUCUUUUGCGUGUAAUCUGUAGUUUGUUGUCCGACAAGUUAAUGUUUCAAUAAAAUUGUUUAUGUAGUAA